UGGUUCCUCAUCCGCUUAAAACGUCAAAAUGUAGGAGAAGUUUCGCUGUGCUGAUCCGGCAGUCGAAGGGCGAGAGUUACGUAGGUCGACGCUAAGUCAGCGGCACCUUUGCAAAAUUAACGCGGCUAUGCUUGAGCAACCGAUGAUUCAGAUGACUGCGAUGGCGCCACGGGAGAGGUGACCCUUCAAAUGACACUAACAAAACUUGAAGCCGGAUUGAAGGCCAAUUCUUCGAAGAGUUUUCCAUCUGAAGCUGCUGGAAGUAAGAGUUUAGGCUGGUGUGAAGUUACGCCACGUACAUGAAAGUUUCAAGUGGCCACAAACUGAUUGCACCCCAUCGUAACCGACGGCCAGUGAUUUGAUUGGAUCGUGCGUUUCGGUUUCAUGUAAAAUCAUUCAGCGGAGUAUCGCGAUUGGAGCUUCGCCCGAUCGGGAGGCUUUGAAUCAGAUUGAACGACGUAUUCCACCAAUUUACCCGACGUUUCGUCAAAAGUGGCGGAAAUUUGGAAGGAUUUGGACUACGUUCGGGGAAAUGCUUGAAGAAGAGCGAUUACGGUCUCCUCAUGUUUUGGGAUUAACUAGUGGCAACUGCCUUAUAUUCUUUGUUGCAUGUGAAUUCACUAAGCACUUGUUUUCUUUUCCUUUUUUCUGAAAUCGACUUCGGUUAAUUCCCGUCAGGCUUUUUAUUUAUGCAUCGGUAAUGUCGACGAUCCACUCAAUUUAUCUAUAAUUAGAGAAUUCCUCGUUACACAGUGGAUUCAGAAUUGAAUCAAAGAUUGAUCGUAAGUUAGUUGAGAGGUUAAAACAGGGAAGCUCGAUGAAUGGCAACGGUGAGAAGGAAUCCCGGAGUGGCAUCCAACUAUGCGGAAGGUGCUGCAAUAGUGGGAGAGAGAUGACUUGAAGGCACACUGCGGACAGUCAAACUUCGAUGUGAUGCUGUGGAUGCCAUUUGGAGACGCUGUAACUGCAAACUGACAAGUUAAGGCUGGAGCCCGCUACACGCUCCUCACUUUCUUGAAUCCCACGCAAUUGGAGAGGAAGGCUGUGACACAAUCAGGGAUUGCAAGUGCAAUUUGCAAGCGAAGCAGGAUUAGCUGUUACUACUAGUGACUGUGGCGAAGCUUGCUGUUCCAAGCAACUUCGUGCGGUCAUGUAAUGUUGGCGAUAUCGCAUUACACCUAAUAACGUGUAUGUGUACGACUGUGUGACGGAUAGAGGCAAGCUAGGAACCAGAACAAGGUGUGGGCAGUGCGGCGCGGAAAUAGACGCAGAGGCAGUAUGAGGAGGGAAGGUCGUGUUUCUGGCAAACCUACAAAUCAUUCCAGAUUGACGGGAAAGUGUAAGGUUGUUGGAUGCUUGAAGUGUCACGAUUCUCUGCCCUUAAAUAAAUCGAGAGGGAAGGGCAAAGGAAGGAUCAAGAGACUCGUGUCUGAUAUUCCCAGCACUCAUCUGCUGUCUGAUUGGCGCGUGUGCAAACCUUCUUCGCUUUCUUCUCGUCGCAAUGUCUCCCGCAAAAUCGCACGGCAUGGUCUGAAAUGGGAUGCUGAUACGGACUGGGCAUCCGAUGAUGAGGAUGUUGAAGCUAAAGAUGGUGGAAAUUACAGAAAGGAGGCGGAGGGAUGGGAUCUCUCGAUCUCUGUUCUGCUUGACAUUGCUUUGGAGCACAUCCAAGAGGCUUCGGAAGACAAAAUAGUGCGUCAGGAGGCUCACAAGGAACUCCUCGAUAGUCAGGAAGCACGCGAAUCGCACGGUACUCUUCAAGGUUGCGAUGGUGACAGCAUCGGUGCCGAAGCACCAGAUUUCGAAACCUUCAAGAACGAGUUCGAGGUGUUCAAAACUGAAAUUGAAUCAGAGUGCUCACCGUCAAGUGUGGCGGAGUGUUCCGACAGCUGGUCAGGCAUUGAGCUCUCAGACGCCGAUAAGUCUAGCCUGGGCGAUUGGGAAGACGAUUGGUCUUUAGUAGGGGCUGAAAUCGCCGUGUAAAUACACAGAAUUGGAUGAGUUAGCAACAUUCCUUCGAAGAAAUUCUUUCAGUCAGGGAUCUUCGGUAUUUCAUCCUGUCACUCCCUGAAAAGUUCACACAUGCAUCGGUUACCACUACAUCUCAAUGAAAUUGGAAUUUGAUGUAUUACUUGCUCGCGAAGGCUUUGUUUAAGUAAUAACUUUGAACUUGCUGGAGUUCAUUGGUGUUCAUGACGACCAUCCAAGUGCUCUCAGUGCAAGGAUCUCUCGACACAAUCAAGACGAGGGCAACUAUGGAGACUUCGUUUGAGCAAUGCCUGAUUCUGGGAGCAUUCGUGAUCCAACUCAUCGGACCAGCCCCAAGGUGCCGUUUCAUGUAAUUCGUAUCUGUACAGUUAAUUAGAUAAAAAAUAUAUAUAUCUUUAAAAAAAAAAACAAAAUAGUGUCCUUUCAAUCAGCAAUUUGUAAGUUGAAAUGCCAGUUUGUCUUGUUACUUGAAGAGAUUACUUCUGAUCUCUCAACUUCAAAUAAAGCUAUUUCUGGUUGUAAAUACACAUCA